GGCCAAUGAAGAUUGUGCAGAAGCAAGCAGUGGCGAAAACACCGAUGAUGAUGCAACCGCCCAACGACCCGUUCUUGCUUCAUCCUGAGCAUAGGAUGGUGUGCCUCGACAACGAUGUGUGCUUCACAUCAUUCGUUCUCACAUUUCACGUCUCACUGCGGCAAGCAGAAGCACGACUUGCCUGUCGCCUACCCCAGCCAAGGCUAGAGCUGCACAACAACCAUGACAGACCAACACGACAAUGCAAGCACCAACGGUGGGCAGCCGCCAUCAGUGCACAUCCACGACGAGAGCGUGGACAUGCGGACGGACAGCUACAGGCUCGCCAUGACGCAUGCACAGGAGCCGUCGUUUCCGGUGCCACACAUCAUCGCGGAAGACCCGUCACAGCGCCGGAAAAGAAAGAAAAAGAAGCGCCUGCAGCAAGGACGCUCCACAGAAUCACAGAGCCCUGAUGGCAGCCAAGAUUCGGACCAGGAAACCAGCCUCGCCCAAUCCAGCCCAGGCCUGCUGAAAGUCCCUCAGGAUGAUUCUGUUGAAUCCACGCAGGCGCGAGCGCUCACGGCCAGCCAGCGCAGUGCCCAGAUGAAAAAGUCCCUCCAACGCAGCUUACUGCGAUCAACAGCGUUGGAGAAGAAGAAGCGAAAGCAGAAAGGCAAGCCGGACCUAGAGGAUCUGAAGCGGGAAGUGGUGAUGGAUGAUCACGCCAUCCCGCUGCACGAACUUCAGAGGCGCCUCGGCAUCACCGACGUCUCGCAGGGCCUCUCCACGGAGCAGGUGGAGGCCAUUCGGGGCAGGGAGGGCCUGAACGUGCUCAGCCCGCCGCCAACAACGCUGGAGUGGAUCAAGUUCCUUCGCCAGAUGGUGGGCGGGUUUGCCACGCUGCUGUGGAUUGGCGCCAUCCUGUGCUUCAUCGCAUACGGGAUCCAGGUGUCGCAGGCGGACCCCGGCGUCCGCGUGCCAGCAGACAACCUGUACCUGGGCAUUGUCCUCGCUGUCGUCGUGUUUGUGACGGGCUGCUUCUCGUACAUGCAGGAGCGGCGCGCUGCGGACGUGAUGAAGAGUUUCAUCAAGCUGCAGCCGCAGAAAUCCCGCGUGCACCGCAACGGGAAGUUGGAGGUGCUCAAUGCGGAGGAGCUGGUGCGCGGCGACGUCGUCGAAGUCAAGGCCGGCGACCGCAUCCCGGCCGACCUGCGCAUCAUCGACGAGCACGGCCUCAAGGUUGACAACUCGUCCCUCACUGGCGAGGCGGAGCCGCAGUCACGAUCAGCGGAAUGCACGAGCGACACCCCGCUCGAAACGAAGAACAUUGCCUUCUUCUCCACCAACGCCGUGGAGGGCGCGGGCACGGGGAUUGUUAUUCGAUGCGGAGAUAACACCGUCCUCGGCCGCAUCGCCGGUCUCGCCAGCGGCGUCGACUCGGGCGAUACGCCCAUUGCCCGCGAAAUUCAGCACUUUAUCAACAUCAUCAGUACCGUUGCUGUGUUCCUCGGCAUCACCUUCUUCGCAGUUUCACUCGGCACCGGUUACUUCUGGCUCGACUCUGUAAUCUUCCUCAUUGGCAUCAUUGUUGCAAACGUGCCGGAGGGUCUGCUCGCCACGGUGACGGUGUGCCUGACGCUGACGGCGAAGAAGAUGGCGACGAAGAACUGCCUCGUGAAGCAUCUGGAGGCUGUGGAGACGCUCGGCUCCACCUCCACCAUCUGCUCCGACAAGACAGGCACCCUGACGCAGAACAACAUGACGGUGGCGCACGUGUGCUUUGAUCAGCAGAUUCGCGAGGUCAACACCGACCCAGAUGUGGAGAAGGACCUUCCCUUUGCAGUCAACACAAGCUUUCGCGCGCUCUUCCGCGUCGCCGUCCUCUGCAACAAGGCGCGCUUCCGUGCGGGCAACGGCCCCAACAAGACCGACAGCACAAAACACCACAGGAACGGCGACGCAAAUUCGGACCUCCCCAUCCUACUGCGAAGCACCGUCGGUGACGCUUCAGAAUGCGCCAUCUUCAAGUUCACGGAGCGCUGCGCACAGACGGUGCUGGAUGACCCCGUGCUCACGGACGAGUCAAUUGUUGUGGCUGAGAGAAAGAAAUACCCAAUUGUUGCUGAAAUCCCAUUCAACUCAAAGAACAAGUACCAGGUUUCGGUGCACACAACCCCAGACAACGACCCCCGCUAUCUCCUCGUCAUGAAGGGAGCGCCGGAGCGGAUUUUCGUGCGCUGCUCCCACAUUUACCGCAACGGCAACAUCGAGCCUCUCACAGAUGACGACCGCCGCACGUUCGAUGCAAACUGCCUACAACUCGGCAAGUAUGGCGAGCGUGUGCUAGGAUUCGCAACACUGCGUCUUCCACUGGAGACAUAUCCGACAGGAUUUGACUUUGGCAAGCAAUCGGAGAACGUUCCGCUGGACGAUCUCGUGUAUUGCGGUCUUCUUGCCCUCAUCGACCCCCCGCGUCCAACCGUGCCCGCCGCUGUCGCAAAGUGUAGAUCAGCAGGCAUCAAGGUCAUCAUGGUCACUGGCGACCACCCCAUCACGGCGCAGGCCAUUGCAAAGCAAGUUGGCAUCAUCCACUCCGAGAAAACUGCUGAUGACAUUGCAGAAGAGCGGGGAGUGGAUGUGUCAUCCGUCGACCCUGCAGAGGCGGGUGCCAUCGUCAUCAAGGUGCGCGUGAUCUCCGUGAGAAAUUGGAUUGACCACAUGCACGCGCACUGCAGGGAGGUGCUCAUCUAUCGUCUACUGACUCCAUCGACCACUGGGACACAAAACGCGCUGACGCUCCUACAUUCGCUUUCUCACACAUUCACACACAUAUGCCUGCUGCUUGUAUUGUGCUGUCCCUGCCCAUACCUGCUUCCCCAACUGCUCGUGGUUGCAGGACGGGUCGGAGCUGGCCCGCAUGAGCGCGGCCGACCUUGA